AUGUCGUCACCAGUAGCAGAGUUAGAGGCCGGCCUGCAGGGCAUGCUCGGCCUCAAGCCACCCGGAGUCUCGGGAUCUCGCAUCACCGCCAUCACCGCACUCUGCGUGGCCAAUGUUCAGUCCGAAUCCGUCCUCAUCCAGAAGAUUUACACCCACUUCAAGAAAACCCCUGGUACUCAUAAGCUUGGUGUGCUCUACGUCGUAGACUCUGUAACCCGCAAAUGGAUGGACCAAGCCAAACAGCAGGGCCAAGCUAUCAACAGCUCAGCACAGGACGGCACUUUUGCCGCAGGAGUGAAUAGAGUAACCGAGCUGAUGCCAGUCUUGAUGAACGACAUCACCGCCACUGCCCCAGCAGACCAAAAGGAAAAAAUCAAGAAGCUGGUAGACAUCUGGGAGAAGGGCCAGACCUUCCCGACUGCCAUGCUCGAGACAUUCAAGCAGAAGCUAAAUACACCCACACAAAACCAAUCGACCACUCCGCCCGGCAGCCCUCCGCCCAACCUAAUGGCCUCGCUGAAUGGCCAGGCCCGGCCGGCCGCAGCUCAGGCACCGCCUGCUGUACCGGCCAACAUCAUGGAAGCCCUCGCAAAGAUUGCAAGGCAGAACACGACCACACAGCAGAGUGCUCCCCCCGUUCCGGCCGUUGCUGGUCAAAUCCCCCAUACUUCAGCUACACCUACACCUCCUUUCAGCCUCGCGGGAGCUGCCCAUGCGCCUCCCCCCGUCCCCCCUCAGCCGCAAUUGAACAUGUUGCCGGGCACCUACCCAUUCCAGCCAGUAUCGCAGCCGCCUGCCCAACCUGUAAAUGCUCAGCCUCUACCCUUCCAGAUUCCGCCACCCGUGCAGAGUGGUCAGGUCCCCAACCCCGGAAUGCCUGCUGCAAACCCUGGAAGUGCUGCAGUCAAUCCGGCCGUGGCCUCCCUCCUCGCCACGCUGAUGGCGCAGGGACUGCCAGCUGAACAGAUCACGGCCAUCGUCUCCCAGGUAAUGGCCAGCACCAACGCUGCGGCUCCAGGUGCACCCCAGUAUCCCGCGCCAGCCCAGAGUAGCUAUCCUGGCGCGGUGCCUACCUCCGCUGCUGGAGGAUGGGCCGCCCAACCCCGCCCCGAUGAAUCACGUGACCGCCCGUAUCCUGACUCGAGGUCACCGCGUGGCCGUGGCCGUUCCCGGUCUCGGUCUCCCGGCCGGCGGUGGGAUGCUCGCGACUCGCCUAGAGGCCGUGGUGAAGAUCGUGGCUACGGUGAUUACGGUCGCCGUUCCUCCCCAGGACGUGGCCGUGCUGAAGACCGCGACCGGACUCAAUACCGGCAGCGAUCACCUGCAGGCCGCCGUGGCUCUAGUCCACAUCGAGACGGCCCUCCUCAGCCGGGCGAGAAGUGGGUCGAGUAUGACAACACUCUGCCCAAUGGAACCAUCCGGGUCCUGAGCCGAACCCUGUUCGUUGGCGGCGUCACCUGCUCCGAAGCUGAGCUGCGAGCCAUCUUUGCUCGCUACGGAGAGGUGCAGACCUGUAUUGUCAACAAGGAGAAGCGCCAUGCCUUUGUCAAGAUGUACACCCGCAAGGCUGCCGUCGCGGCCAAGGAAGGCAUGGAGGAUGCCCGAACCCAGGAGCUGCCCCUGAGGACGCGAUGGGGCGUCGGCUUUGGCCCUCGCGACUGCAGCGACUACCAGAGCGGGAUUAGUGUCAUCCCCAUCAGCAAACUCACCGAGGCGGAUCGGAAGUGGAUGCUCACUGCGCCGUGGGGCGGAAGCGGCGGCAAGCCCAUCGUCACGGGCAUGGUCGUCGAGGAGCCCGAUAUCGAGAUUGGUGCCGGCGUCUCGUCCAAGGCUAUCAGCCGGCGAAUGGCGACCGACAGGGGCGGCCUCAACGGCCCGCGCUCCAGCCGCAAGGACGAGGAGAACCACCACGAUGGAGGAAGCCAUGGAAGCGGCCAUGGAAGCGGCCACGGAAACAACCACGGAGGCGGUCGGUUCAACCGCCGUGGCGGCGGCGGUGGAGGCAGCAGCCGUGAUCAUCGACGUGGCGACGACGACCGCAACAAGGAGAACGUCAAUACGACCACGCCGGGCUUUGGUUUCGGCCUCGCUGUCGGACCCAACGGCAUGCCCAUCUUCCCGCCCGGUUUUGCCUUCCCCGCCCCGGACGGCCAGACUGGCCCCAACUACUAG